AUUCGCUGCAGAGCCAGCUAGAGUUCCAAGAACAAUCUAUGGUGGAGAAGUCUCUUGUGUGCCGUCAGGAGGCCAAGAUCCGUGAGCUGGAGACAAAGCUGGAGUACGAGAAGACGCAGAUCAAACGCUUGGAGAGCCUAGUGGGUCGUCUGAAGGAGAACCUUGAAAAGUUGACUGAGGAGAAAAACCAACGCAUCGCAGCGGAAAACAGGGAAAAGGAACAGAAUAAACGAAUGCAGAGGCAGAUAAGGGACAUGAAAGAAGAAAUGGGAGAGCUGUCCAAGAAGGAGUCCGAGGCCAGUCGGAAGAAGCACGAACUGGAAAUGGACAUCGAGAGCUUAGAGGCGGCAAAUCAGAGCUUACAAGUGGACCUCAAGCUGGCCUUCAAGAGGAUAGGUGACCUGCAGGCUGCCAUAGAGGACGAAAUGGAGAGCGAUGACAAUGACGACUUAGUCAACAGUUUGCAAGACAUGGUGACAAAAUAUCAGAAAAGAAAGAACAAAACUGGGGAUGAAACUGAAACUGACUCCGAGGUGGAGGACCGUGUGGAUGGAGUUAAGACUUGGCUCUCGAAGAACAAAGGCUCCACCAAGACACUGUCAGAAGAGGGAAGUCUAAAGAGUACCAGAUAUGCAGCAAAUGCAGAUACCAAGGAGAUGAAAGAAGGUAAGGAAAAGACGAUUGACGGAAAUAAAGACUCAAAAGAGGUAGAGCCGAACAGAUCAGUGUCUGUCAUGAGUUCCUUGAGCUACAGGAAGCGUUCCAACCUGAAAGACUCCAUAGGGGGUACAGGCGAUGAAAGCUUCUUGUUUAGCACUCUCAAAGAACAGCCUGACGCACCAGACCAGGCCUCCAUUCGCAAAGCCAAGGGGAAGAGCCAGGCACAGGAAGACUUUGACGACAAAAGCUCCGUCAUCUCCAUGGCUUAUUCUGAAGCGACCAGCCGAGCCAGGAAGGGUCUGGAGUCACGUUGGGCCUCCCGCAGUAGCCCGGAAUUUGAUAAGGAAUCCAUAGUGUCCUCUGUGGCUCCCAGCAGGAUGUCCACCAGGAGGGGCAUUGUAGACAUGGACGAUGACAACAAGUCAACUAUCAGCAGCGUGAGCCGAUCCAGCCCUAGGGGGUUACAUCGCAGCAGCUCUUGGAAGGACGAUAGACGCAGUAGCUCACGCCUGUCCGUUACCCGCAGCUGUGGUCUCAGCGAAUUUGGCUUGCAUACAGCACACAGUGACGAUGACGAUGAUGAUGGCCGUAGUGUUGCUUAUACUGAAGGAGGAACUUCAUCCCUCAGUCGCAGCUUUUCUAACCCUGGCCAAUCACGUUCCUCAGAAGCAAAUCUUCCAGAUUCAUCUGAAAUAAAGUCUGUCACCCGACGAAACUACUUGGACCCUGACUUGGAAGCUGCAAUCAAUGAGGUGCUGAGCUUCAAACCCAUUAAGUUCAAGCGCAGCAAGCUUGAGGAGUCAAGCGAGGAGGAAGAAGAUGAGAACAAGGGACCGGCAGGCGAGGAAGGUAGGAAGAAGGGAGAAGACGAGGGGCGAAGCUCCAGCCUGCUUCGCUCAGCGUCGGGCUCCGCUCUGGACUACAGCAAUCGGUCAUCCAGCACCAUGAGCACCAGCAGCUCCCGCAGUCGGAAAGAUAAAAAAAGCAAAGUCUCUCUGUCCGACGACUCUUCCUCUUCCUCCUCUGAUGAUCGCCACAGCAAAAAGAGCUCAAGGGGGAAGAAGGGCAAGAAGUCCAAGAAGAAAUCUAAGAAGAAGCAAAGCGAAUCGGAGGAUUCCUCUUCCUCCUCAAAGACAUCCGAGUCCUCUUCCUCCGACUCCACCGUCUCCUAUCGCAGCUCUAGCAGCGUUAAAAGGGCCCCGAAACAACCGUCUGACGAUGAUGAGCAAGAGCCUGCAGGCCGUGGGACAUCUAGCAAGAAGGAAACCAAGAAAAAGCAGAAGAAGAUGGAUAACUUGAUGAUGAAGUACCGCUACAAGCCUGACAGUGACUGAUACAUACACCAAAAGUCCUCCUGUGUGCCGCAGACACCUGAGCCUCGGCAGAUCUGAUGAAGAGGAUGAGGCGGACAGCAAGCAGUCGCUGAGGCAGAGCGACGGAGGAGGCUUACUGGCAGAGAGCACAUCGUAACCCAGACUCAGGUCACCUCGUGACAUCAGACGCAGGAGGAAUUAUUUCCCCCCAAUUUAUUCGCCACUUUUCAGCCAGAAAGAGAGGCUUCCAGCGGCAUGGACAGAUAAGAGUCCAUGUUUAAUAUGUGCUUUCUCUGAUUUAUUUUAACAAAAUAUAUUAAAGAAGUUAAGGAAGAUGGUAUCACAUGAUGCUGCUUGAUUUAUAAUAGCUGCUUUUCUGGCAAAUUUGAGCACUCCUCUGACUCUCCACAUCGCCCUGUCAAGAGGAUUUAGAUAAGCUACAUUUCUCCAAGAAGCUCUGACCGGCUAUUAAGACGAAGUUCUUAUCUCUUCCCUGUUAAUUUGGACUAGCGCGUUGGGAGGUAUUAACCCAUUUUCAUUAAUUAUCUCGCUGUAGUUAACAUGUGGCUCUUGUUCCAAGUUCAGAUAUGCAUCAUUUAAACAAAGUGAUGCUAGGUCAUGAUUACUGACAUGAACGUGGAAAACACAUUUGUAUUUGAACUAAGCUGUUAGAUGUGAUAUAUAUAUGUUUGAAAUGCUGAGUUGAGGCAUGGAUUUAAAGAAAAGUGAUCUAGAAAUCAUUUUAUAGCGAUAUAUACAUUAUUAUAUGAGGAAUUUAAGCCUUUAUGUGAAUGUAAUAUUCAAGUGAAUUAAGAUAUUUUGUAUUUCCUUAGGAUAAGGAUAUAUCCCUGGUUUACUCUUAUCUUCUUGUGGAGUUCAAUCUCUAAUACUUUUGUCGACUUGUGUAUUAUUAUAGGAUUAAAGGGAAUAUGUUUGUUUGCUAUUACAAAGUAGCUUUCUGUAGAGCAUUUUUUAAAGAUGCAUAAACACUGGAAAAUCAUAAUUUUAAUUAAAUCUUGUUUUAAUGUUGAAUCCUGCAGAAUAAUAUACCAGUAUAAAGUCCAUAUCAAUGUUUGUAUUGCAUUUUUAUGUUUGCAGGUUUUCUAGAAUCAAGGGAUCUUUUGGCCAUAUUAAUUUAUUAAACCGUAAAAUAAUGACAUCCUAUUCCCCACAAUAGAGUCCUCCAAAUUGAAGGUGCCAAAGACUGUGUUCAUGAAACCGGUGAUAUUCUGCCUGUAAGAAAAAAAUUGGGAUUGAUCCAUGACUACCAAUGAGCACAUUGAGCAGCAGUCGUAUAAUGAUAUUGUGUUAUUCCCAGGCUGUGUCACGGGAGGGUUUACAUGUCAAACUAUAAAAUAAUUAUGCCAAGAAUACCCUUAAAUUAAAGCCAGUCUGCUUUAAGAACACCCUUAUAUGUUGCUGAUUGUACACUCGUGAAACUCGCUGGUUAUUUCUACAUUUGGCAUCACAGAAUUGUAAUGAUAACCGCAGAUAAUUUUGUUUAAAUUACGUGUAGGUGGAUAUGAAUAAAACAGCAUGUACAGUAUUAUGUGCAUGUGGACUGUCUGCUCGAGUGCAAAGAAAAUGCUCAAGUGUCUGGCUUGAUAUUUGCAUAUCUUCUCAGAAAAAGGCUAAUCUGCAUUGCAUGUCUUAUUUUUUCCCUUUUUUCACCCAUGAAUAUUUAUGUUCAGGAACUUUGAUGUCAGUGAUUCAGAAUAGACUUGUUAAAUGAUUUUUAUUUUUAAGUUGUAUUGCAUCUUGGUUGGAGUUUUUGGCAUUAGACAUAAUGUUUCAAAAGUUUGUAAAUGAUAACUCUUGAAAAGGCUUGUCUGUUUUCAUUAUUGAACAGAUAAUUUGUGGAAUGAGUGCUUUUUGGAGAUUUUUCCGUAAAUAAAUUCAGCUGUUUGUUUACAGAAUCAA